AUGCCCCAAAUCCAGAAGGCCGCACCUGAUUUCUCCGGCACCGCCGUGGUGGGUGGACAAUUCAAGGACAUCAAGCUGAGCGACUACAAGGGCAAAUACUUGGUGCUGUUCUUCUAUCCGUUGGACUUCACCUUUGUCUGCCCGACCGAGAUAAUUGCGUUCUCGGAUCAUGCGGCCGAGUUCCGUAAGAUUAAUUGCGAAUUGAUUGGCUGCUCCACCGACAGCCAGUUCACCCAUUUGGCCUGGAUCAAUACCGCACGCAAACAGGGCGGUCUGGGCAACAUGGACAUUCCACUGUUGGCCGACAAGUCGAUGAAGGUGGCACGCGAUUACGGCGUAUUGGACGAGGAAACUGGCAUUCCAUUCCGCGGCCUCUUCAUCAUUGAUGACAAGCAGAAUUUGCGUCAGAUAACCAUCAACGAUUUGCCAGUCGGCCGCAGCGUUGAGGAGACACUGCGUCUGGUUCAGGCAUUCCAGUAUACCGACAAGUUUGGCGAGGUGUGCCCAGCCAACUGGAAGCCCGGCCAGAAGACCAUGGUGGCCGAUCCCACCAAGUCCAAGGAGUACUUUGCCACCACAUCCUAAGCUCAACGGCAGGCUACAAAAAAUUAUCUGCCCCAAUUUUGGUGCAGUGCGUCGCCCCAACGCAGGCUGGGCUUGUGAAGGAAGAGGGAGAGGAGAGGAGAGGAAAGGAAAGGAAAGGAGAAAAUCAAAUUGCGUCGCACAUGCAUCCAAACAGAGGCUGCUCACAAACACACACCUAUAUAAUAUUAUUAUAAUACAUACAUACAAUACAUAUUACGUAUAUUAUAAACAUAGCGCUAAGUCGCCCUACGACAUGAAUGUACCAAGUAACCCCCUAACCCCCCCCUUUAGCACCCCCCAACACAAACGAACACAUGUAAUUUAAGCAGAAAGUUUCAACAAGCUCUGUUUACUUGCAACAAUAAAGCCGCAUUGAGUAGUAAUUAAA